AUCACCUGCUCCGCCAGCCCCAACAACCCCAACAAACCCGGCAAGCCCAACAAUCGCAACUGUCCGGCCACCCCAUCGGACUGUAUACCGCACAGCCCCAGAAAGCGACUCGUCCUCCUCGAGCUUGACAACCGCUUCGACCAGGUCAACGAAGUCAACGAGGUCAACGAGGUCAACGAGUUCAACGAGGUCAACGAGGUCAAUGAGGUCAACGAGGUGGGAAACGUCGACGCUCCGUUGGCGGAAAGCGACAACUUCGAGUUGAGCAUCGCCUCCAGCCCCCUCAAGACACCCACCACAGCCCUGUUCUCCGGCCUCGCCAAUACGUCGCCGCCGUCGCCGUCGUUGUCGACGUCGACGUCGACGUCGCCGUCGCCGUCGUUGUUGUUGUCGCCGUCGUCGUCGCUGCCUGAUUAUCGAACGGAAUCCAGUUUCACGAUGACUCUGACGCCAUACGACUCAUCCAAAUCGAUGCUGACAGAGCGAACGAUUGAGCCGAAUUUGAUCAUCACAACCAGCGCCGCUACCGAACGACGCAACAGUUCGCCUCGCCAGUUGGACAUGUUCGACGAAGCCGCCGUCCUCGAUCUCUCGACGCUACCAGUCGAGACCGACGAGGUUACAGAAAGCAGCUCGAUCGUCUCGCUUGUUCCACUCCGUCGCCAUGGCCACCAGACUCAGACCCACUUGGAAACCGACGAAACCGACGAAACCGACGACACCGACGACACCGACGACACCGACGAUACAGACGACGCAGAGACGACGACGCAGAUUCUGCUCAGAGCUCGCCAAGCCUACCAGAAGCGCAAGGCUCUCAGGCCCACUUCAGACGCCUCUUUCGCCUCCUUCCGAAGUGGCCUCGAGCCGCCCGCCCUCACGGUUGCCGUGCCCUCGCCCAUCCAUGAUUGCCCACUUUUGACCCUCCUCCUCCUCCCGCCUCUUCUUUUCCUUUCCUUUCCUUUCCUUCCUUCCUUCCUUCUCUUCUUCAUCCUCUUCCUCUUCCUCUUCCUCUUCCUCUUCCUCUUCCUCCUCAACUACGCCCCAACUCUGCCUCCACACCGAGGCUCAACACCACCUCCGGCCAUCCCCAGGCCCGGUCUUCCGCAUUCUCAACGCCAUUCGUCGAGGCAUCGCAGACGACUCGAUCGUGCCCAGCUCAACCCCAAUUUGUACACACUUUUGCUGCCAUUUCUCGAGCCAACUUCCACCCCACCAUGGCCUCUUCGAUCUGCUAUACCAUUCGCAGACCGAGCCCAGCCUGUGCCGCUUGAUUCAUCCUCUCACCCACUCUCCUCCUCUCCACCAUUCAACGCGUCAGGCCGUGAAGAUUGA